GCGUGCUCCAUCACCUCUCUAGGUCGUGACCAUAGGUUGCCAUUUCGGUCCGAACACCUUGCCGUAACUCCUCUAUCAUGGCGGAUUUACUAUCAUUUUUCCGCCUUCUGGGCGUGCUUGGAGGUGGGACUUGGGGCCUUGUCAAGGAGCGCGCGUUCAAGCGCGUUGUCGCAGGCGGUAUUUAUCCCGGCGGCGGAAAAGUCGCUGUCCUUUCAGGCCGUCCUUCUUAGGACCGCCAGCUCUGCCUGUAGGUGUUCGCAAGAUGAGUGCUCAGAAGGUCGAGAAACGCACCUGGACCAGCUAUGUAUGGGACACUUGGGAUAAGCCUGCAGACGAGCGGCGCUUCCUCUUCAAGCUGGAUGCGUGUCUUCUCACGUACGCGGCCUUGUCGUACUUCAGCAAGUACCUUGACCAACAGAAUAUCACGAAUGCAUACGUUUCGGGGAUGCAAGAGGAUCUAGGACUGCAUGGCAACCAGCUGAACUACAUCACAACUGCAUGGACGUGUGGAUACGUCAUCGGCCAGAUCCCCUCAAACAUGCUCAUCACUAGGAUACGCCCAUCAAUAUGGAUCCCCGCUAUGGAGGUCAUAUGGAGCGUCCUCACCAUGACUCUCGCUAGUGCGAAGAAUUUUGAGACCCUCCUCGCGGUUCGCUUCCUCGUCGGCCUAGCGGAAUCAACGUUCUAUCCUGCAAUCCAAUACGUGAUCGGCAGUUGGUACAAAGGUGACGAGCUCGGGAAGCGUGCAUGCAUAUUUCAUACUGCUAGCGCGCUUGGCCCUAUGUUUAGCGGUUUCCUUCAGACGGCCGCAUAUAAUGGCCUGAACGGAGUGCACGGUCUGGCCGGGUGGAAGUGGCUCUUCAUCAUCGACGGGUUCAUCACGGUCCCAAUCGGCUUGCUCGGCUUUUUCAUCAUGCCAGAUCUGCCAACCACCACUAAGCCUUCUGUCUUCUAUACUGCGGAACAAAUUGAGAUCGGCAAGAGGAGAAUGGCCGAGAUAGGUAGGAAACCUCCUGCCGCGUUCACUUGGAAGAAAGUCCGUGGUUUCUUCACGACAUGGCACAUCUACACACUCGUUCCCCUCUAUAUUCUGUUCAACAACGGCGGUGGCCCGGCGAACUCAAUGAUUUUCUGGUUGAAGAGCUUCAACACUCCUGGACGUAUCGUAUACACUGUUGGUCAAAUCAAUACCUAUCCGCUUGGUAUUCAGGCCGUCCAGGUGGUGACAACGCUGAUCUACGCGUGGUGGUCGGACAUCAUUCGAGCAAGGUGGCCUCCCAUGUUGCUCGCUGGAACUUGGAGUAUGGUGACCUGCAUCGUUCUUGCAGCGACGCCGCUCUACGAACACAUCACGCGACGAUGGAUUUUCUACUACUUUACUAGCGUGCAAGGCGGUCUAUCGGGUCUCAUACUGGCAUGGGCAAACGAGCUGAAUGGUCAUGACAACGAGAAGCGCGCAUUCAUCGUGGCCAACUGCAACAUGUGGGCUUAUGUGAUGCAAGCAUGGUUGCCCAUUGUCAUCUUCCCUCAGGUCGAACAACCCCGCGUGUUCAAGGGUAACGUCGCCACCGCGUGCAUCAACUUCUGCAUGAUGUGCUUCGCUAUGGCCACCUUAUACCUAUCCAAGCGCGACCAGCGCAGAGAACGGAAGCUCCGGGCGAGCACCGUGCCUAGCGAAGUCUCCGAGGAGUACGUCCUCGAAGACGAGGCGGACGCGGAUAUCAAGAAGGCGAAAAGGCAUGCUUCCGAAGCGACCACCACGGAGGUGACCGAGAUCCCGGUGCCCACGUUGUCUUCGGAAUAUCGCUGUGCUACUCUGGCGUGAAGCCGGUCAUGACUCGCGACCAAUGCGGGCAGACGCAGCCGACUGUUUACGUUGAAUCCGCGCAUGCUUCGAUGCAUUCCGACCCAGGAGACAAUUCACCUCGAAUGUAACAUCAGUAGACACAUCGUACGACAUAUCAUGUCUUCCCAUUCCGAGCCAGGAUGACGAGCUUUCCGCUCCUCCUCAUCUCCAACAUGUUCCCAAGCCCCGUCAGCCCUUCAGCAAGCACCGCACGAAGCCCGUACCUCCCAUGGAAUCUCCAUCCGUCGAAACCAGCGAUGAGCGCGACGGGCGUCCACCCGUGGGCAUGCUUGUUUCCCUCGAGGGCGGACGCUUCUGCAAUGAGAUGCGUGACAUUUUGAGAGUUUGUCAGGUCUGCAAGGGACAGGUUCUCGGUCUUGUCAUACACCCAUUUCGUGUGCGGCGGCGCCGGCAGUCCAUGGUAGAAGGGAGGCGCAUUGCGAUGCAAGAACAAGGAAGCGCCUGUCUGUGCGGCCAAAUUGGAUAUAUGGACGUGCACGGAUUUCUCUGACGCGAAAUGAUCGUUGAAAGUCUGCAAAGCGGCACCUCCAGGGUAGUUUGCAGCAGCUGCUUGCGUAGACAGGAACGUCACGACGGCAUUCAGCACGAGCAUUCCUAUGACAGCAAGGAAGCACAGCUGUCCAAAAAUUGAGCCCUUACGCCGACCAACCAGCCACGCCGCGCCGCGAGCCGCCGCGAUGUUGAAUGCCGGCACGACGUAUAUGACGAAGCGCCAUUCCUUGUGGGCCAGCCCGCUGAUGAUGCCGAUGAACAUGAGAUAUGGCAGCAACAGGGAUCUGACCCUCGCUUCAAGUACGAAACCGAGCCCGGAGAGAGGCAGGGACGAGAGCAGGAGCUUCGGGAGGUACGAGCUGAAGUACCUAUGGAACGGUUCGACACCCCAUUCCGCGCUCUUGCCCUGUAUGACGUUAAAGUAGAUCCCGUACAGCUCUGGCCAGAGAGGCCACUGCUGCCAGAAGUACGAGUCGACCGAUACGGUGAGGGCAGCGGACGCCAAGCCGGAUAAAAAGCCAGCCUUCACCACAUCGUACACGGAGACAUAUCGAAGGCUGGCUUGAAGAGCAAGGGGACCGAGCAGCAGAAGCAGCUCGGAGCGGAACACCACGGUCGUGAAUGUGAGCAGCGCAAUUGCCCAUUGUACGUUGGUUUUGGAUGGCCGGGUGGAAUUGGGGGCCCGAUCUAUCAGCUUGUAUAAAGCAAGGUUCGCAGGUAGGAGGGCGAACAUAUUCGGAAGAGUGCGACCCAUCCAGAACGGCAGGUGGAAUUGCGUUAUCGAAAGGAGCACGAACAUGAAGCCUGUUGACCGCCCAAACCGCCUGCUCACAGCACGGCGAAGCGCAAUAAGUCCUACUGCAUUGGCACUGGCCAGAACCAUCCGCACGAUGACCUGUAUGUCAAACUUGCCCACGAAGAGUCCGAACCAUACUCCUAUCCGCAACACAAUAUCGGACAGCCAUGCCAACGCGACACUCCCUACGAAGGUGCGGGGUACCGCACCGGGGAAGACGAAGUGAUCAUACUAACAAGUGAAGGCCAGGGGUAACAGAGAGUUUCGUUCUCUCUUGGUUCAACUGAGGUCGCAGGACGGAGAACGCAGUGCGCACUUUACGAAGAUUGGAGGGACCAACCCCAUACAUGAGAAUAUCGUGAGUCGCGUGUAGGUUGAAGCUUUCCUCGACCUUGGUGUACGGCGAGACCGAGACAUGACUGAGACUGGUAAGGAGUAUGACGAGGUCCAGGGCCAAGCUCAUGAUAAAUGAGAGACCAGCAGGUCACCAGACG